GCGCAGGCCGCUUCCUGAGCGAGCCGCUUCCUGACACGACUCCCUCCCCCCUCAGGGCUCUCUCGGGGCGUCGGGCUCAGGGCCGCCACCUCCACCCGGGCCCGUGCCGGCGCCGCCGCCGCCUCCGCCCUCCCCGCCCACCACUCACCAUGUCCGAGGAGCUUUCGGCGGCCACGUCCUACACGGAAGAUGACUUCUACUGCCCUGUCUGUCAGGAGGUGCUCAAGACGCCGGUGCGGACCGCGGCCUGCCAGCACGUUUUCUGUAGAAAAUGUUUCCUGACUGCAAUGAGAGAAAGUGGAAUACAUUGUCCCCUAUGUCGUGGAAGUGUGACCAGAAGAGAAAGAGCAUGUCCGGAACGGGCCUUAGAUCUUGAAAAUAUCAUGAGGAAAUUUUCUGGUAGCUGCAGAUGCUGUUCAAAAAAGAUUAAAUUCUAUCGCAUGAGACAUCAUUACAAAUCUUGUAAGAAGUAUCAGGAUGAAUAUGGUGUUUCUUCUGUCAUUCCAAACUUUGCAGACAAGGUUUCUCAAGAUUCAGUAAGGAACAGUAAUAGGAGUGAAACAUCUACAUCUGAUAAUACAGAAACUUACCAAGAGAAUACAAGUUCUUCUGGGCAUCCCACCUUUAAGUGUCCCUUAUGUCAAGAGUCAAAUUUCACCAGACAGCGUUUACUGGAUCACUGUAAUAGUAACCACCUAUUUCAGAUAGUUCCUGUGACAUGUCCUAUUUGUGUGUCUCUUCCUUGGGGAGAUCCUAGCCAGAUUACUAGAAAUUUCGUUAGUCAUCUAAAUCAGAGACAUCAGUUUGAUUAUGGAGAAUUUGUGAAUCUUCAGCUGGAUGAGGAAACCCAAUAUCAAACUGCGGUGGAAGAGUCUUUUCAAGUGAACAUCUGAUAUGCAUAGACAUCUCUGCAUCCUUGUACCUACAAGUGCCAUCAUUAAGGAGAAGACAACAUGAAGUCACCGUUUCAGUAAUUUGCUGUGCGUAUUAAUAAAAAUAAUAAUCCAGUCUACUGUAUUAGGCUUUUAAUUGAAAGUAAAGAUGGGCCACCCUAACCCUAUUCUCUAGGGAGUUACUUUAGCACGGAAAGGGUUGUUUGCCACUUUGGUGAUGAAAACGGAAUCUAUGUUGUCUUUUCUUCUUGUAUUACAUAUUCUGAAUGUUUCAUUGUUUUUAAUAUUUGAUGCAGUUCCUUCUAUUUAGUACAGAGAUAACAGUAGCAAAUUCUGAAAGAUGUGAUUCCUAUAAAACUAAUGAACCUGAGCCAUUUGUCAGAGCUGCAGAAUGGAAACUUGAAGUGCUAAGUGGGAUCAUCCAAAGGGAUUUUGUAAAGUUUAGAUUCUAGCUGAGGAAUUCAACAAUAAGAAAUUUGUAUUUAUAUAAUGUUUAGUAUUUUUGAAGGUUAGUGAGAUUUCCUUUAUAAUUUUGACUUUGAAAGCAUACUGUACAAAUGUUUGUUCCUUUGCUAUUAGAACGUAUCAAGAGAAGAGAAAAAAGCUUUCUUUGGUGGUUAGUUUGUUAUUCCAAUCUAGCUUGAGUAAUUUGUAAGCCUAAAAUAAGUUGUACGACAGUUCUUUGUAGUCAGUAUUUCUCACUAGCUGAUGAAACUUUUCAGUCAGUGAUGAUAUAUUAUACUUAAAUUAGUUUUUUAAAAAUCCAAAGUUGAAGAUGUAUGUGGAUAUGUACAUACACUUUUGCAUGUAUAUAUACACAUAUAUAUCUUUGCCUAGAGUUUGUCAGGUUAUGUAUAGAAUUUCUAUUAAGAGUUUUAAUAAUGGACAAGCAAUAUAGGAUUGAAGUAUUUAUCUCAUUUGUUUAAAAUUUUGUAUGUUACCAAAUUUUUUAAACAGUAAUCCAAAUACUAAGUGGUACAGCUGGCUGUUUUUAUUACACCUAAACAGUUUGCUACAUGGUGCUCACUUGCUAUUUUUUGAAAAUAAUGCAUAGGUGAUGUAGUGAGAGCGAUUUCACCAGCUACGUUUCACUACAUUUUAGUUAAAGCCAAGUUUGUUUUUAAUCUUUGGUGUAAAGAAUUGUAGAGGAGGCCAAGUCACAUAGUAAAGGGUGAAGAGUGAAUUCCUGACAUUCCAUGCUAAUACACUGUUAUGCUUUCUUUAAAAAUAACUAAAUGCAAAAGAAAAUCUCUGAAGUAGUUUGCUGCUAAUAUAUACAUAUAUUGUAAAAAAGGUAUAUUUUGAUUUUCUUAAUACCCUUGUUGACUUUUCUACAAUGAGCAUUUUUUAACUUGAUUUAAUAAAAAUGUUACUUUUGGAUGUGCAGUUUUGUAAAAACCUUUUUCAGUUAAACAGUAAUGACUUUAUUUAUGUUCAGUAAUACAAACACUUAAGAAGCCAUACAUCUUAAUGCCUUUUUUUCUGUCGUUUCUUGAGCGUGAUGUUUACUGUGUUCUCUAGCACUUUGAGUUGACAUACAGGAGUGUGAUUCUAGGAACAUUUGUAUAAUGAACUCUUUAAAAGGAGAGUUCUGUCCACAGUUCUUCCAAUUUCAAGCAAUAACUUUGAUACUUUUAAAGUUUAAUUUAGCCAGUGUGCUCAUAAACAAUCCUGGGAUGUGUAAACUUCUUUAAAGGGAAACUUGUGCUGGAGGCAGGCCGUUUUGAAAUCCUGUUUUGAAGUCUUGUGGAUGAGUUAAAUAUUAAUAUA